AUGGCAGUUGGGCUUUGGAAGGAUUUUGACUUCCUUUGUCGCAAAUACAUUCUGAAUGGGUUGGUUGAUUCCCUUUACGAUGUUUAUCGUGAAAUUGACACAGCCAAGGCGCUGUGGGCAGCUUUGGACCACAAAUAUCAAAGUGAGGAUGCCGGACAAAAGAAAUUUGUGGUUGGCCUGUUCCUCGACUUUAAAAUGGUGGAUUCAAAGACUGUGCCCACGAAAGGAGAUGAGCCUGGAGGACCUGAUCCAGCGACUCCAAGUCGAGGAGGGAACGGGAACAGUGAUGGAAAGGGACCUCUCGCGGGAGGUGCCAAGGCCAAUGUGGUGGAGCACAGACAGAGCUCCAAGAAGGUCAAGAAGGGCAAGCAGAAGCUGGGUCCGAGAGGUGGCGUUUCCAAAGGCAAGUUCCAAGGGAAGUGCUACAACUGUGGCAAGAUUGGCCACAAGGCUACGGAGUGCAAGGCUCCAAAGAAGAAAAAGGGUUCUGAAGCCAACGUGGUUGGUGAUGUGAGCCAAAAGGUGGCCGAGAUUAGCCUUUCGGCUAUGGUCACGGAGGUGAACCUGGUGGGCUCCAACCCGCGCGAGUGGUUCAUCGACACCGGUGCAACGAGACAUCUAUGCUGCAACCGUGAGAUGUUCAGCACCUUUGAGGCCGUUGAGGGCGAGAAGGUCUGGAUCGGAAAUUCUGCUCAGUCCGAUGUGGAGGGCUUGGGCAAGGUGAUUCUGAAGAUGACUUCCGGGAAGGAACUAACUGACGUUGCUGUUUUUGCGUGGUGUGAUUCGUCAAAAGAUAUUUGUGUUAAAACAAAAAGUCCGUGA